UUCGGCAGAUGCUAACGGAGCUACUUUACAAGAAGGAAACCCCUUCCUUUUGCAGAGUGAAAAACAUUGAAAACCUUAAAAUCUUCUGCUUCAUUUUUUUUUUAAAGAACAAGAUCGAAACCAGAGUUGCCUCGUUGUUCGCCGCCGUUGGACUCUGGAGCAGUGGAAACAUGUCCUCCGGAGAAAUAAAUCACGCUUCUCCAUCUGGCAGUCUGACAGACACAUCUAGGAUGAGGAAGAGGACCAGAGAGCAUGAAGCUGGGUCACCUGACUCUGACCAGCCAACCAAGAUGUUCUCCAAGUGUGAGGUCCAGGGUCUGCUCCAGCAGGAAGUGCAAAGUGCUAUGAAACAGUCUGAAUCCAAGAUGGAGUCGCUAUUGGAGAGAGUUCAGCUACUGGAAUGUGAACCUAAAUACGACCUGGUCAUACGCAGACUGGAGGCUCACAUUAAGAAGGUGAAGAGGAGGGGGGAUGCUGCCAUCUCUUACGUCAGGAUGCUACGAGCUCCUGGAGUUAAACACAAUCAGAGGAGGCUGGGUUCUGGUCUUGUGGACCUGACUGAGACUGAGAAAGGACUGAGCACUGUGGACAUCAGCAGGUCAGAUUCUGAUGAGGAAGACUCGGCUGAGAAGCAGAGGAAGAGGAAGGUUGUAGAUGGUUUCUGGCAGAAAAUGAUGUCCAAUAAAAAAAACCCAGACAGGAAGAAAGAAAAAGAGAGGAAUGGAAAAAGGUCGGCGUCUGCACCGGUGACCAGACCGCCAGCCACAUCGCCAGUUAAAACGGAGUGCACGGUGAAGAUGGAAACCACCGUGAAGACCGAGGAGUCCCGUGUCCUCUACUCCCCUCUUCGUGUUCCCUCCGUCGCAGAGUGA